GUUGCUGGGAAUUGAACUCAGGACCUUUGGAAGAGCAGGCAAAGCUCUUAACCACUGAGCCAUCUCUCCAGCCCCAUCUUUCUGCUUCUUGAUACAAUUGAGCGACUUUACAAAGUACAUCAUUGUCCAUCUCAUUCUGUUUUUGUUCGUUUGUUUGUUUGUUGAGACAAAGUUUCAUUGUGUAGCCCCAGCUGUUCUGGAACUCAUUCUGGAGACCAGGCUGGCCCUGAACUCACAGAGAUCCACCUGUCUCUGCCUCCCAACUGCUGGGAUUGAAGGCGUGCGCCACCAUCACCUGGUCCCAUCAUCCAUUUCUAAAUUGAAGGACAUUUGGAUUGUUUCCACUUUCAAUAAACAAUGCUGAGGAAGCACCAGGUAUGGUGGUUCACACCUAAAAUAGAGCUGAGUCCUACGGUAGAUUUAUGACCAGGCUCUCGGCGGUUUCCAGAGGGACGGGACCCGUUCGCAACCACAUUGGCACUGAAGGAGCCCCCUUUCCCUGUGUGUUUUCCCGCAUUUGUGUCUGUUGUUUUCUUGAUUUUUGCAGUUCUGACUGGGGUGAGAUGAAAUCUCAAAGUUGUUUUGAUUUGCAUUUCUGUAAUGGCUAGGGACAAUGAACACUUUCUGAGCUGUUUCUAUUUCUUCUCCUGAGAGCCCUCUGUUCAGAUGCCAUGCCCAUAGUUUGAAUGGGUCAUUUGUGAGAUUCAGGAUAGUGACACACUGUCAGAUGUCCAGCUGGCAAAGAUGCGGGUGGCAGAAUAACAACGUCAGAUCAUCCAACUGAAGCGAAAGAGCCAGGAGGGCUUGGGAUGAUCUGGUUCACAUUCUGAGCUAUCUCGUGCUUGGGGCUCACCGCUAGUGGCCUCCUAGAGCCGGAGGAAGCUUCGUCUGUCACACAGACCUCAACACAGUCUGCCGAAGAUCUGGUCACUCUGCGCCGAGGGGAUUCACAUCUGCUCUUUCAGCUUAGUAUAGACUCAGUGAGCAGAAGCCUCAUCUUGAUCCAACAGAUUUGCAGUGAGGCACGAUAGACAGUCGGGACAAUUAUGGGUUCAUGGGAAGGGAAAAGAGCCCCUUGUCCUGAAGUCUGGCUGAAGCCUCUCCCCAGCUCAGGAGCAAGAAUUCCGGCACACUAACGUUUGCUGUGAAUGAUGCCAACAUGGAGAUAAUAUUCCGUUCAUAGAUAGGUAUUUUAUAUUAAAAUAGCAAUGAAUGAGGCUCAAAACCUGAAUGUAUAUGACCAUAAGUAGGGCCUCAUUCCUCUUUUGGAUGGAUAUUUGAUGGGAAUCUCACAAACAGCCCAGAAACCACCGACGGGUAAUUCCCUCGUGGGAUUGAAGUCUGGAUGGGCAGGUGGACAUUUAGAAGAUUAGAAGUGAGCCAUUGUGAAUGUCCCAGGUGUCCCGGUUGUUCAAAGAACAGCUCCGAGAUCUCUGAUCUGUCAGGAGUGGUAUUCCUCAACUAGUUUGAGAUUUGUAUACCACGCUGGUGGAAACCCCCUAAUUGAGGGCCCGCUUCAUUUUCUGCCUUCUUAUUAAUGCCCGUCCCUCCACAGGCUUCCGGCUCCAUAAUACACUGUCCAGAAGCAAAAAACUAAACACCCAUUCACAGGCCGUUUCCACCUAGCCGACCUUGAGAGAGCUGCGGGUCCCCAGAAGUCAGCACCACGCCCCGCUGCAUCUUGACAGGGAAGUCCCCGCCCACAUGGGGGCCUCUCGCCUGGGACUUGUUCUCAGACUGGCACUGGUAGACUCUGUGGCCAUUUUGGAUGAGGGCUAGAAGACAAUGACCUAGAAAGACCGGUGACGUAACCUGGGCACAACCGCUAGGGAGCCUAGCUCGUGAGACCCCUCUGCCACCAUUUUUAUACAGGCAACCUCAAGUCCUGAUUAUGUACCUGCCACUUUCAGUUUUCAAAUUUUACCUACAUUAGGGUGCGCACGGAACUGGUUUCUGUCCCUUCUCGGCCCUGGUAUCCGAGCGCGGACACCUGGGGCUGGGCAGGCGUUCCCGGGUGCUCUGGACUGGCCCGGGGCCGAGCCGGGGGAGGGUCCCCAUGGCGCAGCCACUUGCCCCGGGAAGGUCCUCGGCUCGGGCCGCAUUCGGGAAGCCCGGGGCGGUGAGCUUCUCGGACGUGGCCGUGUACUUCUCCCCCGAGGAGUGGGGGUGUCUGCGGCCGGCUCAGAGAGCCCUGUACCGGGAGGUGAUGAGCGAGACCUACGGUCUCCUGCGGGCGCUCGGAUGCGGAGGCGCCAAGCCAGCGCUCAUCUCCUGGGUGGAGGAAGAGGCCGAACUGUGGGGACCCGGUGCCCAGGAUCCAGAGGUGGCCAUGUGUCCGACAGAAGCCGACUCAGAUUGCAGACAGGAGGAAGGGAAGAGACCAAGGGAAGAGACUGAGGCAACCCAGAAGACGUUAUCUACACAAGCUGGGCCAAUUAUUGGACCCCUUCGCAACUUGGAGCUGUUGCCCAAGGACCCUCACCCCCCUCUUGGUGUCCACGCCACUGUCCCAAGAGCAGAUCAGCGUCAUGGCUGCCGUGUGUGUGGGAAGAGUUUUGCCUGGCGGUCCACAUUGGUGGAGCACCUGUACACCCACACUGGUGAAAAGCCGUUCCGUUGCCCUGAUUGCAGCAAGCCCUUCGGUCGAGCUUCCUCCCUGAGCAAGCACCGGGCCAUACACCGAGGGGAACGGCCACAUCGCUGUCCUGAAUGUGGCCGGGCCUUCACGCAGCGCUCUGCCCUCACCACCCAUCUGCGUGUCCACACUGGGGAGAAGCCCUACCGCUGUGCUGAUUGUGGGCGCUGCUUCAGCCAGAGCUCUGCGCUCCAUCAGCACCAGCGGGUACACAGCGGCAUGACCCCCUUUCCUUGCACAGACUGUGGCAGAGCCUUUGCCCAUGCGUCAGAUCUUCGGCGCCAUGUGCGCACCCACACGGGUGAAAAGCCUUACUCAUGCCCUGACUGUGGACGCUGCUUCCGCCAGAGCUCUGAAAUGGCAGCCCACAGGCGGACCCACAGUGGCGAGCGUCCCUACCCGUGCCCUCAGUGUGGCAGGUGCUUUGGCCAGAAGUCCGCAGUGGCGAAGCAUCAGUGGGUCCAUCGGCCAGGAGCUAGGGGCCAUAGGGACGGAGAAGCUAGUCAGUUAUCUAUAUCCCCGGCCACAGGCCGAGGGGAGCUGGAUCCGCCUGUGGACUUCAGGCACUACCCAGAGAUAAUCCAGGAGUGCGGGGAAUGGUCUUAAGAGCUCCAACAUAGAAGGUGAAAUACACACACUGUCGGAAGCUCAGAGGCUUGAAUCUCUGGCAUCCUCCGGAAGUCACAGAAGUUCUAGCAAGGGCCGGUCCUGGGGACAGAGUACAGUCUUGUGGGUGAUUACCAGAAGCGUUUGCACACACACACUGAUCCCACUGCCCUAGGCUCUGAGUCUACUGGGCCAGAGUGGGAAACCCACUAGAGCUCCAUGUGAGAGGCAAGGGCAGUUUUCAGAAGUAUUGACAGGCUUGAGGUUGAAGAGAAUCUUGUUUAGGCCACUGCCUCUUUAAUGCGGAGGCUGAAGUUGAUGGCUCUGUGUGAACCGAGCCAGCUGCAUUUUCAGGGGCGAUUAGCCUCGGUCAAGAGCUGCGUGCGGUGGCUCAUGCCUAUGACCCCAGCACUUCAGAGUAGAGACAGGAAGGUCAGGAACUUGAGACCAGCUUGGGUUACCUGAGACUCCAUCUAAGGUAAAUAAAGAACAAGUGGAAUUAAUUGAGGUUUAAAUUCAAAGUAUUUCACACACUAAAGAAGGUCCAGGUCUUUAGCUUCUUUUGGAAAAACAACAACAACAACAACUCCAAAAGAUUCAGUCAAGCAAACAAGGCAGAAGUUCUGGGUUCUGUCCCCGGCACUGCAAGUAUUGGGCGUGGUGUCACAUGCCUAUAAUUCCCACUUGGUGUUUGGAGGCAGGAGGUUCAGAAGUUCAAGGCUGCCCUCAGUCACACACACACACACACACACACACACACACACACACACACACACACGUGUGAGGGGAGGCCCAGCGGGUAAGGGUUGCAACUCCCAUGACCAGAUUUCAGUGGUGGAGGGAGAGAAGACAGUUCUUGAAAGUUGGUGGUAUUUAGUUUUUUCUGAACCAAAGAGUUUGUGUAUAAUUGGAUGGCAGAAGAGGGGAAACAGACACAGCUCGCAAGCUUUAUUUCAGCUCUCACCUGUGGCUCUCAAAGUACUUUCUUGCCUGUCGUCUUGUUUACCUCCCCUAACUGCCUGGGGAAGGAAGCAGUUGGAAGAAGAAACCUCCUCAGGAAGGGGCGCUAGGGGCCAGUUAUCUGACCCUACACCAACUGGGCACUUUGCCGUGUUCACGCUGCCCUCACCACCAAUCUGAUGCCGACCCAGGCGAGGCCAACAGCUCCUGAAUCUGGAGAGAAAGGACAUGAAAGCUUUGUCCAGUCUGGGAACACCUUGGGCUGGGCCUUUGUAGCCACUCUUAGACACAGGUAGGGGUCUCCUCACCUGUUUGAGCUGGAGGAAGUUUUAGCUCUUCUGUUCCCUUACGUCAAAGACAGAUUACAGCAGGCAAAACAACCUGCCCAAGAUCAAACGGUGAGGCCGUCGGGUUCACAGUCUUUUUAAAAUGUGUAUAUCCGUGCACAUAUGCACAUGUAUGUGCAGAUGCCUGUAGGGGCCAGAAGAGGGCAUUGAGUCCCGUGCAACUGGAGCUACAGGCAACUGUGAGCUGCCUGAUGUGGGUGCUGGGACCCGAACUCUGGUUCUCUGGAAGAACAGCAAGUGGUGUUAUCCUGUGAGUGGCCUCCUUAGCACACCUUUUAAGAGACAUCUCUGUAUCUAUUGCCCUGAAAACCCAAGCUCAGAAGAUUCUUCUCCCCUAGCUUCCUGGCAGCUGAGACUAAGCGGAAUGUUAGCUUCACCCCUGCUAGCUCAUCUUAGCAAUGAUGAGUUCCUGCCAGGAGGACCUGUGAGCCAAGUCCUGGGGGUCUGUGGCCAGAGGGUCACAAAUUCAACGCUAUCUGGGCUUUGGUCCCAAAACAUGUCUGUACAUAUUACUCAUCCAGAGGAACUGAGUUCAAUUCCAGAAACAUGCCCAGUGGCUCAUAUUUGCCUGUAACCCUCACUCCAGGCCAGAGCCUCUGCAGGUACUUGUACUCACAUACACAGACUUACACGUAAUUAAAAAUAAUAAUAGCUAAAACAACAGAAAAAGGGGAGGGCUUGGGAAGAUAGUUGCCGGUAAAGUACUUUCUAAAUCUGGAGGAACCAAAUUCACCCCCAGCAGCCCUAUAUAUCAAAGCUGGGUAGCAGAUGGAGUGUCCCUGGAGCAUAGCACCAAGCCCGGCCAGCCUAACUGGUGAGCUCCAGAACAAUGGGAGACACUGUCUCGGAGAAGGCAGCUCCUGAGCAUGGUGCCUGAGGUCACAUACGCGCACACACCCACACACACGGCACUCACAUACCCUCAGAUAUGCUUUCACACUCUAUCAUUACUAUUGUAUGUUUAUACAUGUGGAUGUCAGGACAGUUUCCCGGCCGCCCAGACCCGGAUAAUCACACAGAUACUAUGUUGAUUAUAACACUGUUUGGCCAAUAUUCAUGCGUAUUCCUAGCUAGCUCUUACAUCUUAAAUUAACCCAUUUUUAUCAAUUUGUGUAUCGCCACAAGUUUGUGGUCUACCGGUAGGUUCCUAAGGUUCCCGUGUGUCCUCCUUCGGCAGCUACAUGGCGUCUCUCUGGCUCCAUCUACUCUCUCGCUAUUUCCUGCCUGGCUUUACUCUGCUAAGCGAUUGUUCAAAAUAGCUUUAUUCAUUAAUCAAUAAAGGCAACACUUAUACAGAAGGACAUCCCACACUGGGCAGUUUUGGAGAGUUGUUCUCUUCUAUAGAUGCUGUAUCAAGUUCAUGCCAUCAGGGGUGCAGAGCAAGCUCAUUUACCGGCAGAGUCAUCUAGACAACCUAAACUUACAAUUUUAAAAACUUAUUUUUUGGCACCUGAGAAUGUUAUUUUAUAAAACACUUUUUUAAUCAUUGCAAACCACACAUAGUCACUAUUAUUUGUAUUAUACACUUUCCAAAAUUGAAGCCUGGAGUUAUGAUGCAAGUCCUAUCGAUAUAUUGGUUAUUUUGUGUGCGUGUGCUGAGGAUUGUACCCUGGGCCCCAUGGGCUCUGCAUUGUAUGACCAAGUGUCCUCAGCCUGGGUUUGUAUCUCUUUAAUGUGAAGCCACUCACUUCAAGGGCUGGCGAGAUGAUUCUUGCAGAGGACCUGGGUUCGAUUCCCAGCACCCACAUGGUGGCUCACUACCAUCCACAACUCCAGUUUCAGUGCUCUCAUCUGACCUCUGAGAGCACAAGGCACACUCCUGGUGCACAUACUUACCUACAAGCAAAAUACUCAAGA